AUGCCUGAACUCACAUACGAUGCUGAUGACGACGGCAGCGAUGACGAUUCCGAGAACAGCGGCUCUUCGCAACACGCAUUACAGCAAGCGCAGAUUGUGCAAGCCUGGGACAACCUCUAUGCGCAAAAACUAUACCGUAACGAAGAUCUCUUGUUCUGCUCGCGUAGUACGGCCGUCGACCUAUCAGUUCUCCAUCCCCCACAAAGCCAGGUGUUCAAGCUUUGGCAACUGUACCUUGAGAAUGUCGACCCAUUAUUGAAGCUCACCCAUACGCCUACCCUCCAGCCACGCAUCAUCGAUGCCGCUAGCGACAUCUCACAUAUCGAUCCAAAUUUGGAGGCUCUAAUGUUCUCCAUCUAUUGCAUGGCUAUUUUCAGCCUCAACCAGGAGCAGUGUCAAUCAUGGUUUGGUAGGCCUAAGCCGGACCUGAUCAGAUCUUACCAGUUGGGUGCAAGGGAGGCGCUGCUGAAUUGUAACUUCUUGAAGUCUAACGAUCGAGAAUGCUUGACAGCCGUUCAUCUCUACCUGGUCUCACUCAAACCAGACACAGACCCACGGUCAUUGUCUUCGAUGCUAGGGGCUGCUGUUCGCAUUGCUCAGCGAAUGGGUAUUGAUGCCGAAUCUGCCAAUUCCAGACAUUGCGUGCUAGAGGCCGAAUUGCGCAGAAGACUAUGGUGGUCUCUCUCACUCUUUGACAACAGGAUGUCUGAAAUGACCGAGAGCAAGUCCACUACGUUAAUCCCGACAUGGGAUUGCAAAGCCCCGCUCAACGUCAACGAUUUCAACUUACGAGUCGAGACCAAGACCCCUCCUGUUGAGUCUGAGGUCGUUUCCGAAGCCUUAUUUCCAGUCAUCCGUAGCCAGAUUGGCGAGUUCAUUCGUCAAAGCCCAUCUCAUUUGGACUUCAUCAAUCCGGCCCUGAAGUCCUUCUCCAAGAAGGCAUUUGACGCCUCCUAUUCAGGGCUUGACGAGCUUGCCGCUUUUGAGUCAACGAUAGAGCAAAAGUAUCUUACGCGUUGCGAUGCUCAAAACCCGCUGCACUUUCUAACCAUGUGGAUGGCGCGCGCGUCACUCGCAAAGAUCGGAUUUGCACAAUACCUAUCAAACAACUCGAAGGGACUUGCGCAAGGAAGUGAGGAGCAGCGCAACGUUGGUCUUGGAUUUGCGCACCGUAUGCUUGAGUGCGAUACGCUGCUCAUGACCUCACCCCUCAUAGCAAAUUUCCGCUGGGUUGUCUACAUGCACUUCCCGUUCCCUGCCUAUAUUCAUCUCGCCCAAGAGUUGAAAAUACGCCCACUAGGCCAACUCGCAGAUCGAUGGUGGCAGGCAAUGAGCGAGAACUGCGCCGCUCGGUUGAUGGACUUCGAGAAAAAGGACAGCCCGGUGGAGACCAAGCCCAACAACCCUUUCUUCACACUCUUUGGGGGGCUUGUUCUACAAGCUUGGUCGGCACGUGAAGCAAUAACGUCCGAACAAUCGGAUCCACCAGCUAUCGUGACGCAAAUCAGACAAAAGAUGGCCCUAAGGGACAAACUAGCGGCAGAGUCGCAAUUCCAGACGCCAGGUCUUGAUGAUCCACAAACGUCCGAGCUCAUUAGUUUGGACAGUCUCGGCUCCCAAUCGAGCGUUACCCGUGGCAGUGGCAUGAAUCUGGGCUGUGUAGCUUUCCCCAUGGAACAAGCUUCGAUGAACUACAAUGGCAAUCCAUGGGAUUGGCCAAUGCCGGCUUGGGCUGGAAUGCCCGGUCAAGGCUGGUGA